GACCACAGGUAAGUGGGCCCCGCCCUGGUCAGAAACAACGCAGACAGACUGUACCGUUAUCCGGACCUGCCUGCCGUCCUGUAACGUCUGUACGGCCUUCUGACUAACGUCUUAAUACUCUUCUUUUGGUGUGGAGUACGAGAUCACAUCGUUGUUCUGCUGGACGUACCGGGGUUAGGCCGGAACCCGACGUUUGGGCUCGAGUGACAACUGAAAUUCAGUGUUAUUUUGCAGCUGUUACGCGGAGCUAGCAAGCAGGUUUUACCAUGAGCAACUCCGGCCGUUUUCAUCGGGCAGCCCGGGAUGGGUACCUGGACCUGCUGAAGGAAGCUACUCGUAAGGACUGUAAUGAACGGGACGAGCUGGGGAUGACCCCGACACUGUGGGCAGCAUAUCACGGCAACCUGGACGCCCUGAGACUGUUAGUCAGCAGAGGGGGUGACCCUGACAAGACAGACUACCAGGGCAGCACUGCGCUGCAUCACGCGGCGGCUAACGCACACAUCAGCUGCCUCACCUUCCUGGUACAGUUUGGCUGUAACAUCUGGGGACUGGAUAAUGACUACCACACGCCGCUGGACGUCGCUGCCGUCAACGAGCGGAUGGACUGUGUCCGUUAUCUGGACUCUGUGGUGGCACAACAGUCCAAGAUGAAUGUAAAGGUUGUAAAGAAACUGAAGGAUAAACAGUUCAAGGAAGCAGAAAAGAGGAUUAAGAAGUUCAGCAAGAUGCAGAAAGAACAGGAGCGUCGUGUGGAGAAGUAUCAUGUGAAGACAGAGAAAAAAUUAUCCACAUCUGAAGAGAAAGGCCCUGGAGUGCCUGGAGGCCCGCACCGGCGCAACUUUCACCCAAACACUCACAUGAACUUCUCUGAGGCUACUGCAUUAUCCAAGAAAAAGGGCAUACCGAAGAAGAUAGCUGACAAGAGAAAACAAAGUGAUUCUGCUGCAGUGUUCAAGGUCAGCAGUAUUGAGGAUGGGAAGCGCAGUCUGCGUUCUCUGUCAGGUACCAUGCUGCAGGACCAGAACGUCCUUCUGGGGAACCCUGUGUCUGCUAAAGGUCAGAGGUCAACAGAUCCUGACAUGUCAGAUGAAGAAGAUGAUGAUUCUGUCUCCCGUGCUGUUAGUGAACCAAACUUCAACUACAGGGAUGGCAGUGAUACCCAGAGCACUAUCCUGGACAGACCUGGUUUUGGCAACAUCGUGUUUCGCCAGAACUACCCAACAGCAGCCAUGUUUUCUCUGCCAGCCGGGCAGCAGAAUGGAGGGAAGGACACUGAUCAGGUGGACAGGUUGGACUCCAUAACCACCAUCCUGGCGGCACAGGAGGCUUACGACCAGGACCAGAACACCGGGAUGGGAAACAACGGCACGGGACUGCCCUCAGACCGACCUUGGGAGGAUGACGGUCUGGACGACCUUGACCUUGAUGAAGACGAGCUGAAUGGCAACGCCUCGUCUCCCCUUCAGUUGUUCCUGAGCAUCCACAACCUGGCAGAAUACCUGCCUGUAUUUAACAGGGAACAGAUAGACCUGGAGGCCCUCAUGCUGUGCACAGAUGAAGACCUGAAAAGCAUCAACCUUCCCCUCGGUCCGCGCAAGAAGCUGAUGGACUCGGUGACCAGGCGUAAGGCCGUGUUACAUGAACCGGGGUCACUGGAGGACACUGCACUCUGAAACAACUAGAGACUAAAGUCCCUGUCACACAUUUGCAACCUUUCCCUGAUUCCAUUCCCUGACACCAGCCGAUUGGGUUCCCAUGAUUUUCGGGACCACUCUGACCAAACUUGGGCCACGCGUACCCUUCUAUCCUAAUCGAAAUGAAUUUGAGUUAAAUUGGAGUAAAAUUUGAUCCCUUAACAUGCCCCAAACACUGGUGACUUACGUGUACUCCCAGAUAGUAGGCUGGUGCUUUUUUUACUGUCAAACUUUACUUGACAGAAACUUACUGUUCUUACUUUACUUACUGUCAAAAAGCAGCGAAGUAUGACACACCUUCCAAACACCCCACAAAUAUUUUUAACAUUUUGAAACAUUCGACUGGUACAGCCGAAUUCGCCGAACAAUGACUUUGCACUGACCUACUCCAAACCAUAGUCUGUGGACGUUUGUCUAGUGUUUGGGAGACCAAAUUCGUGAACGUGUGACAAGGGCUUUAACCGAGAUUACCCUAGCUUCUCUAUUGAUGAAUGUUAUUGGGGCCAGUGCAGGACACUGUGAAAAGUGAAUAUUUUCUCAGGCAGAAAUAUGUUUGUUAUUUUCUUGAAAGCCUUUUUGCCUGUUAUGACCUGAAAGUGUAAAAAAAGAAACAUUCUAUGGGAGACAACAAAUCUCAUGUUUUAACUACUGUACUGUACCACCAGUACUGUAUCAGUACAGCUGCACUGGUUCCCUAAAAAUUAUCAUCAAAAGUAUGUACUUCAGUCUUCAUCUAUGUGCUCAUGAUUAUUCAAAUUCAAUACAUGUGAAAAUUUCACUGCAUAAAUGUUAUAGAUAAUAUGAAUAACAUCAAACAAAACAGUUUUAUUAUUAUGAUAAUCUUCUCAUUUUUUUUAGUAGACUCAGACACUACAGAUGUAUGAAUGUGAUAGGUAAAUACAUUUUUAGCAAUCAUGUCUGAAUACAAAGCCAUACAUGUACAUGUAUAUUACUGUUAUUGGUACUGAUAGAAUCACUCGGGUCAUUAUCAUCAUCAUUGCAGCAUACUGUAUCUGCAACUAGAUCUACAGAGUUGUAAGCUAUUGCUUUCCUAUACAAUGUAUAUAUACAUGUAGUUAGGAUAAAAGUUCAGGCAACUCAUAUCAGAACUGUGCAGAUAGUAUACCCUGGGUUUACCAUUUACAUCAAUUUUAGUAUUCUUUACUUUUUGUACAUGCAAUGUAAUAACAAGUAAAUAGCUUGUAUGUACAUUCACAGGAAACUACUAUGCACAGUAAGGAUAUGGCAGGGCUCAUAGUUCUCUGUAGAAAUAUUAGUAGUACUCUAUAAUCUGUUGCAGAUGACUGUUAAAAUUCUAUUGAUAAGAGUCUUCCUAUAGGUAAGCUUUAUGCCAGGCAGGUUUCUGGUCUGACUGAUUUUUGAGGCUAAUUGUGAUUACAUGGGGGAAACUGGUCAUUGAAGGUGUUGAGUGUGAUUUAAAUGUAAAAUUAAAUGAGACACUGUUCUGUGUUCACAGAACGAUUGUAUUAACCUCUCCCUGCUGUCCAACUUUAUGGCCUGGCAAUACAUGAUGUGGAGUCACAUUUAGGUUUAAGUACUAGGGAGAAGUGUCAUGUGCCUAGUGUACUAAAUGUAGGGGUUCAUGGAAAAAGGAGUCCUGUCCAGAUGGCAGAAAAAGCAGUCCAGUCCAAUUUGGGGGUGGAAAAAGCAGUUUGGUGGUUUCUGUGUGUAGUAGCGCCCCCUUGCAAAAUACGAUAAAAGUACAAGCAGUCUGAUGCG